AUUGUCAUAUACUACUUAACUAUUCAAAAGAGUAUUCAAUCAUGAAUAGAUCCGUUUGGACUGUUAUAACAUGUACAAUGUUAUUAGUUAUUAUAUGUAAUUUUAAUACAAUGAAAGCUGCUCCAGCUAAUAACUCAACCAAUAGUACACAAGUCCCAGCUAAAACUACUCCUAAAGCUCCAGCACCUACUACUCCUAAAGCUCCAGCACCUACUACUCCUAAACCAGCAGCACCUCCUGCCGCCAAACCUCAACCACAUCCAACAUCGAAACCUGCAGGUCCUCCUGCUAAAAAUGGGCCACCCAGUCCUCCUAAACCAGCAGCACCUCCUGCCGCCAAACCUCAACCACAUCCAACAUCGAAACCUGCAGGUCCUCCUGCUAAAAAUGGGCCACCCAGUCCUCCUAAAGCUCCAGCACCUACUACGUGAGUUAUUCGAAAAUAUUUUCGUAGUCUGUAUAUAUAUGUAUGACGAUUGUUAAUUUGAUCAUGACACAUGUAUAUAAAGGUCUGAUUGCAUGUUCGAUGUUACUAUUUACGAGAGUCCUAAGCCUUCAGCAAAUGUUAAGUAACUUUUUUGUUUAUGACCAUCUUGAUAUUGUUUUACUAGUAGUGAUCCUAUAAAUAAUCAUUGAACGUAACUAACCGAAACCCACUCCUUUGGAAUUGUAUCUGAAUCGAUUAAUAACAUAUAAGGAAUAUCAAAACCUUUUAAAUAUUCUUAAAAAACGACUCCACAGGACUUCAUGAAUGCGUUAAUGUUAUAAGAAAUAAAUGGGUUCGAUUGUCAUACUGCAAAUCUUCUUGUUCAUAUAUGAUGCUCUCAAUAGUAAUGUAAUAAGUCAUGAUUUUAUAUUAAUGAAGGGAACAGGAAGUUUUUCAAUUUUUUUUUUGUGGAAAUUAUUAUUUAGUCUUGAUGAAUUUGUUUUCUAGUGCUUAGUAGCUUAAAACUUAAAUUCAGAAGUUUCUUUUAUUUUCCUCAAUCCACCUACAUUAAAGUGGCAUCAAUAUCAUAUGCCAGGGAAGUCCACUCACUCCCUUCUCGUGGCGUGGGUGUUGUUUACGAAAAUGAGAGGACGAAAAGCGAAUGUCCGGCUCUUCAACCGGAUUUCAAACCAAUGGUGCACAUGGGCUCCAGUAUCCUGCGGGAACAAAUGGCGUACGAACCAAUCGCUGGUCACCGGCUACCAUGGGACUACAUCUCCUUACGAUGCUCCACUGCAUUGUGGAUCAGACUCUCAGGUUGAAGGCUCGGGAUGUGUCCCCCUAAGAAAACCACCUGCUUCGGUUUGGGCACCCGGGCAGUAUCACAGCCCUCACGCAUAUCGAAUAAGAUUUGUGUGGCGCAUAUGUAUGUGGUGCUUCUUUGUACCAAUAUAUAUGUGUUGAAAUAAAUAAAUAAUGAAGUGAACAUAAUUUGUUGUCAAUAUUAAGUUAUUAAUUGGUGAAUAUGUUAUUAUUAUAUUUUUUAUUAUCAGUAAGAGACCACACGAUGAACGUGGUGUGAUGGCUGCAGCGGCUGCUCCUAUCGUACUUGGACUAAUUGGGCAAGUGAUUGGUUAUAUAAUGCAGUACGUAGCUAGUUAAGCCUUAGGCUUCUUAACAUUCAAAUAAUGAGUAUUACUUCGUAAGGAGAGUAUUAUUUUACAAGUUCAUUAAAAUAUAGAAAUUAAAGGCAUGUUUAACUUUCAUUUAAAAUAACUAACAUUUUGUUUGUUGUUAAAUAAACUUAACUG